AUGGCGAAGGGAAAAGUUUGCUUGGCCUACAGCGGUGGUCUGGAUACGAGCUGUAUUCUGAGGUGGCUACUCGACGAUGGCUAUGAGGUCGUAUGCUUCCUUGCCAAUGUUGGACAAGAAGAGGAUUGGGAUGCCGUCGAGAAGAAGGCCCUCAAGAUUGGUGCCACGAAGAUGGUGAUUGAGGAUUUGCAGAAGGAGUUUGUGGAGGAGUUGUGCUUCCGAGCUGUGCAGUGCAAUGCUCAAUACGAGGGACGGUACCUGCUUGGCACGUCGCUUGCACGUCCAGUAAUUGCACGAUCUCUCAUGCGAGUCGCACAGCGUGAAGGCUGUGACUCAGUCAGCCACGGUGCUACCGCCAAGGGCAACGACCAACUCCGCUUCGAGUUCGCUUUUUACGCGAUCCAGCCUUCGAUCAAAAUCAUUGCCCCAUGGAGGGAUCCCAAAUUCUUCAACCGAUUCCAGGGCCGGAACGAUCUACUCGACUAUGCUGCGGCCACAAACCUCCCAGUCACAUCCACCAAGGCGAAGCCGUGGUCGAUGGACGCCAACCUUGCCCAUUGCAGCUACGAGGCUGGUAUCCUGGAAGACCCAAACCAGGAGCCUCCGAGUGAUAUGUGGACUAUGACCGACGACCCACUGAAGGCACCCAACGAGCCGACCAAGAUCACCAUCAGCUUUGAAAAGGGUAUUCCGACCAAGGUCGUCACGCCACAGGGCACAUUCACGGACUCUGUGCAGCUCUUCAAGGAGCUGAACCGCAUUGGGAAGAUCCACGGUGUUGGCAGGAUCGACAUUGUCGAGAAUAGAUUCAUUGGUCUGAAGUCUCGUGGCUGCUACGAUUCCCCAGCCAUGACAAUUCUCCGCCUUGCACACCUUGACCUCGAGGGAUUGGUUCUCGAUGGCCAAGUUAGGGCUCUUCGAGAUCAGUUCGUCACUCAUAAUUGGAGCAAUUACCUCUACAAUGGAUUGUAUUUCUCUCCCGAGCGUGCCUUCGUGGAGAACUCCCUGAUCUAUAGCCAACAGAACGUGAACGGCGAGGUCCGCUUGAGCUGUUACAAGGGAUCAGCCUACGUCCUUGGCCGUACUAGCAGCAGCGAGAAGCUGUACUCCAUGGAGGAGGCAUCGAUGGACUCGUUGGAGAACUUCGGCGCCGAGGACACUACCGGGUUCAUCAAGAUUCAGACCAUCAGGCUGAAGAAGUACGCGGAUGAAUGGGCAGAGAAGAAGUGA